AUGUUUCUGUUAGUGGCUCUUUCAGAGGUCCUUCUGCUCUGGGGCUGGAUGUGCAGAUCGGAAGGCCUUUGCUCGCCUACCAGGUUUUACAAAAACUGCUGGAUCCGACAGUUCCCGGGUCUUUCCCUUGAUCUGGAGCAUUCCCAGGAGCAAGGAGCACAGAUCCUCAAGGUUUACGUUGCAUCCACUGCCGGACAGUGCAGCCGGGCCUGCUGCAUCCUCAAGGAUGUUUUCUGUAACUUGGCUGUUUUCUACUACAAAACCAAUAUCCAUGCUAUAAACUGCAUUCACAUGUAUUGCCCAGUGCUGGAAAGCUGCAUAGUGAAACCUACAAGAAAUGUGGUCCUCUAUAAUAUUACACCGGGAGUUGAUCCUGAUCUUCUUGUUUUCGAGAAGCUCUCGUUCAAAGAUAUAAACACCCGGUCUUCUUUUCAUAAGUGGGAGAGGCAUGGCGGGGCCCGGGUUGCUGACCUAGACCAGGACGAACUAUCUUCCACAAGAUUCCUCUUCCCGGAGGCCUCCUCUCCCACAACAGCCACAAACUCAGGUGUGGACAGGAGCAACAGGAGCUCAGCAGUAGAUGUUGCCCUCAAGAACUCAGCCAUCACGUCGAUGGCGUCGGCUUCGGCCAUGGACGAUUCGGUGAAAGCAGCUGAGGUUCUUCCAGGGAGGAACAGCUCUACCCCCACUUCAGGUGAUGCCAAGGCAUCUUCUGCACCCAUCCAGAUGGCAUCGCUAUCGCCUGGCGGGGUCCUUCCCAAUAACAGCAAACCCUUGAACGAAACCAAAGUCUACAGUGGAAGGAACAACAGUUCUGAUCACGAUGGAGGCCAGCAGCCCUCAGAGGAGAUGGCGGGAAGAGGGGCCUGGUGGCCUCUGAUUGCACUUUGUUCUUUGAUGGCCUUCACGGGCUGCUGCUGCUGCUGCUGUGGUAUCUUUUUGGCAACAGGAUGGAAAAAGAGAGGCCAUUAUAAACCAAGGCAGAAAGGAAGAUCAGCACCUAGCCGAUUCAUAAAAUACUCUGCCGUUAAGAGCAGUUUUUAA